ACACACACACACACACACAGCUGAACUACACGCUCCGCGAUCAGUGUAGCAAUGAGAGGAGAGACCACACCUCCGAGCGGAGGGCAAAAGUCCGGACUGAACGAGCAGUGCACCUGCAACGCCAUUCGCAAUUACAAGCUGAUAUGGUCGGGAUUACUGUGCGAGACUUACAUUAAACUUGAUAUCUCUUUUAGCUGAGCGCGUUUCACCUCUCAGACGGAUUGGCUGUAUUUUUCUUGCUGUGCGUAUUUUGCUGAUGUGUUCGGGAUGGUGUGCUGCCUGCCAGCGCAUCACAGAUAGUGACCUGUCUCAUCCUGCUCAAGAGAAGAACUCAGAGACUUGCUCCAUUGUCUGUGUCUAGCAACCAGGCAGAGGAGAGUAUGCUAGACAAGGCAUCAGCUGUUGUAUGGUGACCGGAGACAAGACAAAAGCCUGCUUUAUGAAUGCUUCUUUUUCAGAUCCAUCAGAGACCUGCAGUCAGAGAUACAACAGUGUACCACUUGACUAGAGAAUGAGUGGCGCGCUUGGCUUGCCACAAUGCUCAGCAUUCACACCUGUCGGGAAAGAUGCCGUUUGCUCUAAAUCUUCAAGAAAACCACCAAACUUCAAUAGCCAACAGCAACAUGAUCCGAGAAAGAGGAGGAGGUACACCGUCAGAAAGCUCCUAAACUGGAACACCUCUGUCCUGGUUUGUGGAUCACUCACGCACUGACAGCCAGGGACAUUUUGCCUAUGAAAUAACCUCAGAGAGACCUUGCAGGCAAACUGACUGUGGACUGUUUUUUAAAUUGAGGGCUAAGUUGGAUGGCUGUCCGGCCCCAAGGCUGCAACACUGACAGAUCAGCCAUUUAGAAGGUUUUUUCAUGUCAGCCUAAAGGAAUCUGACUACUAAUAAUUAUAAAUGCUUUAAAACUAAGAAUUACAUCUUGCACACUUUCAGAUGACUUCUCUGCCUAGAUGCGUUCAUGCAGGCAGUCUUAUAAAUACACUUGAGAGUCUGGACUGCACCUGUCAGUGACAUCACAAAACUAAAGAGGAAAACUUUCCAAGGAACCAUUGUGAAUCAAAACCAGAAGUCAGCAUAUUUUUAGAAAUGAUUUUUAAGUAUAAGUUAAGGAGAAGGAUGAUAAUAGUAUGCUCAAAUCAAGUCCCAACCCUAAGUUGAUAUAGAAUAUUUCCUUUCUGUCCUUUCUCUCUCCGCACUUUGCCGAAGAAAUAACUGAAAGUAAAUGCACCAGUGAAUGAUAAACCGCCACAUGGAGAAACACUCUCAUCUCAGACACUUUCUAACUCUUUAAGGAACUUUAACCAGGUGUCCUCUCACAGCUGGGACCUGUCUUGAGCACCAUUAGCAGAGAACAUCAUGUCAGAACUAGAGGACUAUUCCCCUCCUCGGGGCCACCUUCAUCCUGACCCAGCUCGCAUCCAGCAGAACCUCCUGGAGGAGCAGGUGGAGCUCUGGUGGUCCAGUGAGCCACGCAAAUCCUUAUUAUGCUACUGCGCUUCAGUGGCCUUGAUCUUAGGCUGCGGCCUGGGCGGCGUCGGCCUACUUUCCACCACCACCAGCCUUUCCAGCGAGUGGCGACUGGGCGCCGGAACUGCUCUUUGCCUUCUUGCUCUGGCCGUCCUCCUCAAGCAGUUGCUGAGUUCUGCUGUCCAGGACAUGAACUGCGUGCACAGCAGGCGCCGAAUCAACAUGCUAAAAAGCGGCGGUUUAUCUGAUGUCCUCAUCAUGUUGAUCACGGGGGUCUCUCUGCUCAUUUGUGGAGCUGUCCUGCUGGAUGUGGCCCUGUCCUACCACAUGCCCAAACCUGGAAAAGCACUGAAUGACAUGUAUAUAUCCGGGGUGGUGAUGCUGGUUGGUGGGAGUUUUACAGCAUUAGCAGUUGGGAUUUACGCCGCAGUAGUUUUCCUCUUAGAGAGGUCAGGACCGGGACAGAGACGGUGGGAGAGGACAGUGGGAAUCUUCAGCAUUUCAGGCCAGAUGCAGGCAAGAAGAGAGACUGCUUCAAGUCUGGCUCGUCUGAUAUAACUGUGACUAAAUAAAAAAUAUGCCAUUCUUUUACUGAACAGGAACUGAGAUGGGGAAAAAAAACAACACCCUCAGUGAUACUUUGCAACCAUUAAACUAGUCACAAAUCAUAUGUGACAUUUAUGAUUACAUUUUGGCUCAAAGAUCCAGGCAUUAAACAUUUAAGCACAAACUUUCAGCUUUUACAUGCAUCACUCCAAUAAAGUACAGUUAAAAGUACUGAAAAAGCACAAAAGCAUAUUAAAGUUUGAUCUUUAAUUGAUUUUAGGUAAAACAUGCUGCUUUAUCUCAAACGCUAUUGGACAAUAUGUGUGUGUCCUUGACUGCUUUAUUUAUGUCAGCAAUGGUGAGCAUACCAAGUGGAUGUCUUUUCAAGAGCUCUGAUGUAUGAGCAAAUUGACUGUGUCAGUUGAAUUCACGUGUGUGAAUUUAUACUAUAACCUGUGCAGGCAAUGCUAUGGAUCAAAUAAAGGAUCAGAGUGUCAAUCUGCAGGAUGUGAA